UACUCCUCCGAUAUCUGGCCGUCAACACCUACACCUCCACGUCGAUAGUCGCUACAAUGGCGUCUGUUUGUGCUUCUUCUGCCGUUGCCGCCGUUGCCAUUUCCUCUUCCAGUUCUCAGAAGAGUGGAUCUGUGUUGGGAUCAACAAAGGCUUCUUUCCUUGGAGGCAGAAAACUGAGACAGAAGAAGUUUACAACAGCAACAGCAGCAGGGCCACGAUCACUUUCCGUGUCAGCAGCAGCUACCGACGCAAACGAGCGGCCUCUGUGGUUCCCAGGCAGCACCCCUCCUCCAUGGCUUGAUGGCAGCCUUCCAGGAGACUUUGGGUUCGACCCUCUUGGCCUUGGAUCUGAUCCAGAGAGCCUGAGAUGGAACCAACAAGCAGAGCUUGUGCACUGCAGAUGGGCAAUGUUAGGUGCGGCCGGUAUCUUCAUCCCUGAAUUCCUAACAAAGAUUGGAAUCCUGAACACCCCUUCAUGGUACUCCGCUGGAGAGCUGGAAUAUUUCACGGAUACAACCACUCUGUUCAUAAUUGAGCUUAUCUUCAUUGGUUGGGCCGAGGGGAGACGAUGGGCCGAUAUCAUCAAGCCCGGCUCCGUCAACACCGAUCCAAUCUUUCCCAACAACAAGCUAACAGGGACCGAUGUUGGAUAUCCUGGUGGACUUUGGUUUGACCCACUUGGCUGGGGAUCUGGUUCUCCUGAGAAGGUCAAGGAGUUGAGGACCAAGGAAAUAAAGAAUGGAAGGUUGGCCAUGUUGGCCGUAAUGGGUGCAUGGUUUCAACACAUCUACACCGGCACAGGCCCUAUCGACAACCUCUUCGCCCAUCUGGCUGACCCGGGCCACGCUACCAUUUUUGCUGCGUUCACGCCCAAGUGAAAAUUAAAGCAUGGGAGGCCACUCGCUGAGAAUGAUGUGAGAAAUAAUCUUGAUGUACAUCUCAUGUGAGGUUAGGAAUUUAGAAGAGUUGUGUGAUUGGGUUCCAAAGGAUAUAAUUAUCUGUACCAUUUAAACUUUGUCACUGUUCAUGAUUUGUUCUGUAGUGUACAAAUACGUUACAUUUUCCCUUCGAAGCCCAUCUAGUGGUUUA